CGAUUGCUUAUGUUCCUGCACUGUCGAAGACAGAGUACACAUGCGCAUAACAAUAAACUGCUACACCUUCCAUCAUUCUUCUGCUCUGUCAUCCCAAGUUUUUCACUUCACACACACACACACACACACACACCACCAAAAUCGCUAUAAGAGUUCCCAACAUUCAGAGUGUAGUAUCAUUCAAACCACCACACAGCAAAGGUGAAGUGUUGAAGAGGUUGAGGAUUUUUGAACGGAGAAAGAGCUUGAAGGAAGAUGAAUAAUUCUGUUUCAGAGAACAGUUUUAUCAUCGAGAGUGAUGAAGAGGAUGUGGAGAAGGAUUCGAACAAAGGUGGAGGUGAUGGUAACGAUUCUGAUUCUUCUAGCUACUCAACUGAAAACCCUCCACAGCGAAAGCCAAGUUCUUACAACAUCUCGUGGCCUCAGAGUUACAGGCAAUCUAUUGAUCUAUACAGUAGUGUGCCAUCACCAAACAUUGGAUUUUUGGGCACACCCUCAUUGUCAAGACUAAGCAGUUCUUUCCUUUCUACAUCACUAACAAGGAGGCACACUCCUGAAGCACUUCCUUCAGUGACAAAGCCUCUUUUACAAGAACCAGAAGAUGAACAGCAUCAGAGACGUAGCUCUCACACCUUGCUUCCUCCUCUUUCUUCUAGAAGGUCUUCUUUGAUUAAGAAGGAUUCCAAGGUUUCUCAUGAAGUUCCCUCUCGCCACUGCUCUUUUGGACAAGCUACGCUCAAUGGCAUAAAUGUUCUUUGUGGAGUUGGAAUCCUUUCUACCCCUUAUGCUGCGAAAGAAGGUGGAUGGUUUGGGCUCUCAGUGUUGUUUCUUUUUGCAAUUAUUUCAUUUUAUACUGGGCUGCUCUUGCGUUCCUGUUUGGACAGUGAUCCUGAGCUUCAAACAUAUCCUGAUAUUGGCCAAGCUGCUUUUGGUACUACUGGACGUAUUGCCAUUUCAAUAGUGCUGUACGUGGAAUUAUAUGCUUGUUGCAUUGAAUAUAUAAUUUUGGAGGGCGACAACUUGUCUUCGUUGUUUCCAAAUGCACGCUUGAAUUUGGGUGCAUUUGAACUGGAUUCACAUACACUUUUUGCUGUGAUUACUGCCUUGGCUGUUCUUCCUACUGUUUGGCUCCGUGAUCUAAGCAUUCUCAGUUACAUAUCUGCUGGUGGAGUUGUUGCAUCAAUUUUGGUGGUUCUCUGCUUGUUUUGGGUUGGCGUAGACAAUGUAGGAUUUCAUAGCAAAGGGACCACACUCAAUAUUGCAACUUUUCCUGUUGCCGUGGGUCUUUAUGGUUACUGCUACUCUGGACAUGCUGUUUUCCCAAACAUUUAUACAUCCAUGGCAAAUCAAAACCAAUUCCCUGGAGUGCUCUUAGCAUGUUUUGGUAUUUGUACCUUAUUGUAUGCUGGAGCUGCUGUUAUGGGAUACACAAUGUUUGGUGAAGCUAUACUCUCUCAAUUCACUCUCAACCUGCCUCAAGAAUUGGUAGCAACCAAGAUUGCUGUUUGGACCACGGUGGUUAAUCCAUUUACCAAAUUUGCAUUGACUAUAUCUCCGGUGGCAAUGAGUCUGGAGGAGUUGAUACCAUCAAACCAUUCCAAGUCUUAUCUAUAUUCCUUCUUCAUCAGAACAGGGUUGGUACUUUCCACCCUCGUUAUUGGUCUCUCAGUUCCCUUUUUUGGUCUGGUUAUGUCAUUGAUUGGAUCAUUAUUCACAAUGCUUGUUUCUUUGAUACUACCCUGCGUUUGUUUCCUAAAAAUCUUGAGAAGCAAAGUGACACGAUUGCAGGCAGCAGUUUGCGUUACAAUCAUCAUAGUAGGAGUUGUCUGUUCUGCUUUUGGAACAUACUCUGCCCUCUCCGAGAUUAUCAAGAGUUUGAGGGGAUGAACAUAUAGUCUGUCCAAUUAUUCUAUAUGUUUGGAUUACACAUCCACAAUUUUGAGUCAAAUUUUCACUUGACAAACUUUUCAUUUAUGUUUUUUGUGGUUUUUUUCUGGUUCAUAGUACCUUGUCAUAAAAGUUUUACUCAUGCUUGUUGAGGUAAUGGUAAUCACAGAUUGUGCAGAGAAACACUUAACAGUUUUUUAAAGAGAAUUUUUUGCUCUA